AUGUCCGAAAUCGUUCAUCCCACUACAAAUCCAAGUCCAAUGCCCAGUGCAACACAUUCAUCUGGUGGAUCUUCGGGCGCAAAUUGGAAAAUGUCUGCAGAUGGUCGCAUAUAUCACAACGUAGAAUCAAGCGCAUACAUACUUCCUCAAGACGAAGAAGAACAAGACCGGCUUAACUCUCAACAUUUUGCAGCAAAAGCCCUCUCGAAUGGGAACAUGCUGGCCUCAGUUGUAGAAGCUCUUCCCCAAGAAGCCAAGAUCCUCGAUAUUGGGUGCGGUUCUGGGUCUUGGGUCAUGGAUGUAGCUAUAGAUAAUCCUUGUACUCAUAUCACUGGUAUUGAUAUUGCCGACAUCUUCCCUGCCAUCAUUCGACCAAAAAACGCCGAUUUCAAACUCGUUAAUGUACUCGACGGUCUCCCGUUCCCAGACGCCACUUUUGAUUUUGUUCAUAUGCGUCUUUUAAUUGUUGCCUUUCGCAUAAACGAAUGGGACAAAGUGAUUGAUGAAAUCUACCGUGUUCUUAAGCCCGGAGGACUUAUCCAGCUAGUUGAAUCUCAAUAUACAGAUACAGAGCAGAGUCCAAAAAUCCACCGCUUUGUCUCGGCCCUACUUUCCUUAAUGGCGGAUAAGCACCAAGAUCCGUUAAUUGGCUCAAAACUUGAGGGCAAGGUAAUAGCCCAUGGUUUUGAGUUGAUGCAAAAAGAACGUAUAAGAAUACCAUUUUCCAAUCCCCAGAACGCUGUUUAUGCUGAAUUAUUGUGGGGCUGGGGUAAUGCUAUGAAAGCCCUCAAACAAGCUCUCGCUCCUAGAUUAUGUCCAGAUAAUGAGAGCGACUAUGAUCAAAUAUUGAAUGAAUAUCUUAAGGACUGUGCUGAUUUUGGGUGGGUGGUUUACAUUUGGUCAGUUGCCGGCCGUAAACCUCUGACUGUCUAG